AUGGAUAUUCGGGUUAUACACUUGAGUUUUAUGCAGGCUAUAUACAUGGUCUUUUAUCGCAAGGAAGGUAAGGUCAACUACGCCCUUACACUAACACACCUUCGGCGAUCACUAAGGAUCUGUUGUCUGCUGAGGCUGCCAUGCUGA